UGCUAUAGCUAUCGCUACGAGUACGAACAAAAUUUAACGUUGGAAAUUUUAUUAAAAACGAUUGAGAAGAGAGGUCCGACGAGACAUGGCAGCAACUAAGAAUUAUGGGCUGGAUGCAGGGAAAGAAGGCGAAGAAGCACCUUCCAAAAGAAUAUGCAUCAGAAGCUCUGAAGAAACAGAAGGAAUGGCUGAAGAGAUAGACACAUCUUAUUUCAAAUCAUAUGAACACAUAGGGAUUCAUGAAGAAAUGAUCAGAGAUGUUGUCAGAACAAAUUCAUACAGGUUAGCCAUUUUACGGGCUAGUGAUGCACUCAUUGGGAAGGUGGUUGCUGAUGUUGGAGCAGGUACAGGUGUUUUGAGCUGUUUCUGUGUGCAAGCUGGUGCAAGAAAAGUGUAUGCUAUAGAAGCUAGUUCUAUGGCCAAGCAAGCACAGAGUGUAGCUCAAGCAAAUGGAGCGAGCAAAAAGAUUAAUGUUAUCCAAGAUCGUGUAGAGAAUAUUGAACUUCCAGAGAAAGUUGAUGCAAUAGUCAGUGAAUGGAUGGGACAUUUUUUGCUGUAUGAAUCUAUGCUAAAUUCUGUCAUAUCUGCAAGGGACAGGUGGCUUAAGAAGGAUGGAUUGAUUCUACCAAAUAAAGCCAAUCUGUACUUAGCACCAUUCACCAAUGACCUAUUCUAUUCUGAAAGGAUAGAAUUUUGGAGUACUGUGAAGGAGAAGUUUGGGGUAGACAUGUCAUGUAUAAAACCAGAAGCCAAGAAAUCAUUAUGCAGUGCUAUCCAUAUAGAGGAAGUAUAUGGUGGUGAUUUAUUGGCCAGGGAAAACCUAAUUUCAGAACUUAAUCUUGAAACCAUGACUCAGGAUGAUCUACAGUGUAUAAAGUCAUCAUUUAGAUUCAGUUGCUUUGGUAAAGAGACAUUCUGUGGCUUCACUGCAUGGUUCACAGUGACCUUUGAUCCAAAGGUCAAAGGGAAGGAAUUGCUCACUCUGUCAACAUCACCGGAUGAACCUUGUACACACUGGAGGCAAUGUGCCAUGUACCUUGAUGAACCUAUAGAUGUUGAACAAGAUACCAUCAUAGCAGGAACAAUUACAUUAACACCAGGCAAACAAAAUAGAAGAUUUCUAAAUGUUGAGUUGACCUAUCAAGUUGAUGAAAGAGAAGCUGUGACCAAGAAUUACUCUCUUACUGAUGGAUCAAGUUGACCAAUGUAAUACCUGUUGUGUAAGCUUUUGUUUCAACUUGAAUCUGAUGCUGCAAUAUCUAUUAAGUUACAGUUCAGGUGUGUGUUUCAUAGAGCUGUUUUGUAAGUUUAGAGCGACUUAAAGAACAAGUGGUGAACCUUUCUUAUGCGCUUUAUAAUCACCAAUUGAUUUUAAUGGUGAAUAUCUUUUACUACAAGAAAGGAUCACCAGUCAUUCUUAAUAAUAAAACAACAUUUAUAAAACGUUUAAUACGCAUUGUUUCUAAAUGCUGCUUUUAAGUUGCUUCAUAAAGUCACUCUUAACUGACGAACAGCUUUAUGAAAUGGCCCCCAUUUAUUUUAAUAGAUCCCUUUAAAUAUUGAUAU